CUCGGGUGUAAGGAGAUCAGAUAAGCACGUGGGUCAGGAGCUAAGAAUAGGAUUGGGCACAGGUUCCUGGCUCAGGUGUGGGCACAUCAAUGCCAGGCAAGGAAGUCACCAGCAGGAGCCAGAGAAUGGAGCCGUGGCUAGGGCAGCAGGGCUAGGCACCAGGGUUCCAGGGAGGGGGCAGAGUCCAGCUUAGCUCAUAAGUAGAGCUGAUAGCAGUCGUUAGGGGAGAGGGCAAAGGUUAGGACCCAGGGCCAGGAGGCAAGCUCCGUGUUUGGUGCUUGGAGGAAGCCCCGCCUGGCACCAUGGCCUUCCUGGUGGCUGGGACCCUGCGGGUGGCUACGCAGAUGGCAGAUACUCAAGACAGCCUGGGGAGAAAGGGAAGGUACAACGUGCAGGGUCCAAGGGCAGCCCUGAUGCUCAGCAGCCCUGGGGUGGCAGCCGUUGCAGUAACUGCCCUGAAGGAUGUGUUCCAGGCCCUGGGCUUUGAGAGCUUCGAGAGGAGGGAGGUCCCGGUCCAGGGCUUCCUUGAGGAGCUGGCUUGGUUUCGGGAGCGGCUGGAUGCCCACGGGCACCUUGUGGGGUGUGCCCUAGUGGCCUUGGUGGCCCCCAGAGGGCAGCUGUGGCAGCCACAGCAGCUGGUCCGGGAGCUGAGCAGCUGUGGGGUCCUUCAGGGAUGCCCCAAAGUCUUUCUGCUGCUCCCGAGUGGCCCUGGUGCCACCCUGGAGCCCGAAGCCUUCCUCGAUGGCCUGAGAGAGCUCUGUAGCCACUGUCCUCACUGGUCCCUGGUGCAGCUGCUGACAGAGCUCUUCCACAGGGUGGCUGAAGAGUCCACGGGGGGCACCUGCUGCCCUGUUCUUCAGAGCUCCUUGCGGGGGGCACUGUGCCUGGGAGGCGUGGAGCCCUGGAGGCCCGAGCCGGCCCCCGGUCCCAGCACUCAGUAUGACCUGUCCAAGACCAGGGCUGCCCUCCUCCUGGCUGUGAUCCAAGGCCGGCCUGGGGCCCAGCACGAUGUGGAGGCGCUGGGGGACCUGUGCCGGGCCCUGGGCUUUGAGACCACUGUGAAGACGGACCCUACAGCCCAGGCUUUCCAGGAGGAGAUAGCCCAGUUCCGGGAGCAGCUAGACACCUGCAGGGGCCCUGUGAGCUGUGCCCUUGUGGCCCUGAUGGCCCAUGGGGGACCACGGGGUCAGCUGCUGGGGGCUGAUGGGCAAGAGGUGCAGCCCGAGGCACUGAUGCAGGAGCUGAGCUGCUGUCCAGUGCUGCGGGGGCAUCCCAAGAUAUUCCUGCUGCAGGCCUGCCGUGGGGGAAACAGGGAUGCUGGUGUGAGGCCCAUAGCUCUCCCCUGGUACCGGCGCUGGCUGCGGACACCUCCAUCUGUCCCCUCCCAUGCAGAUGUCCUGCAGAUCUACGCUGAGGCCCAAGACAGCUCCGGCAGGGGCCCUGCUUCAGGGAGCUCCCACCAGGCAGACAUCCUGACGGUCUAUGCAGCCGCUGAGGGCUAUGUGGCCUAUCGGGAUGAGAAGGGCUCAGACUUUAUCCAGACCCUGGUGGAGGUCCUCAGAGCCAACCCCGGGAGAGACCUUCUGGAGGUGCUGACUGAGGCAGAUGUUGUUGGUUGGUUUGAAUAUUUCCAAGGCCUGACAGAGGGCUGAAGUCCAUUAGGGUGAGGACUAGGUGGGGUACAGCUGGUCUGGCUGAGAGGGGAACUAGGGUGUGGGAGCCUGUCCUGAUGGGUGGGGACAUGUCUGGCCAGAGUGGAGGAAUUCACUGUUAGGCCGUUGGAGCCCUGCGAGCCUCAAAGAUGUCCAGGCAGCCCUUGAAAUUUUAGAGCUUACAACGCACCAAGCCAGGGGCCCUCCCUUGGGGCAGGCUAAGCCCGGAAGGGCUGGAGCCCCAGGCACAGGCUGGUUGUGGUCCUCAGGUCAACAGGCGGGUGUGUGAGCAGGAUGUGCUGGGCCCCGACUGCGAUGAACCCCGAAAGGCCUGCCUGGAGAUCUGCAGCUCGCUACGGCGCCGGCUCUGCCUCCAGGCCUGACAGCGCCGCGGCCACCCGGGGGCUGCAGAGACCACCACUGCUGCCUCCCUCCGCCACCCACCCCGCGGUUUCCUCAUCUGAGAGCGAGGCGUGGCAGUGUGGGGGUGGGCGCUCAAUAAACGUCUGCCGUGAACAGUU